ACGGGAGUCGGUGAAGCCUGAGGCCUAGGCCCCGUGAAUGGAGCCCGCGCUCUGUCUCAUCCUCCCGCGACCGGCGCUGCGUGAGUCCGGGGACUGACAGCGGCCUGAGUGGAGAGCUGAUCAGAUUUGGAGAGUCCCUUCUAUGGACAGCACUGGUAAAUCUUGAGCAGCUCGACGUACUGACUGCAUGAAGACCAGCUGAACCAUGGGCAGCAGCUCAGUCACCUGUGCAUAAUAUCUGUGUAAUUUAAACAACUCCAGCUCCUGGCUCUACACCUUCCUGACAACCAAACUACUCGAACGAGGUGACCUCUACUGAGAGCUUUGCUGCAAGCUCCUCAGAGGUGGAUUCUUGACUAGAGAUUAUUUUGAGGGGUGAAGCAGCCAAGAAGGUUUGAGGCAAUUGGAAGACAGACCUGUGUAGAGCAACUUAACAAAUCACCACCAUAACCAUAAUCGCUGGAGACCCUGAAUGAUCACAGUCUUGGGGAACGAAUCACCUUUGACGUCAAAUAGUGCAGACCCCUUGCUUAUUCAUGAACUCGGUGCCACACUGUCCUGGGCUACACUUGAAUCCCUCCUCCCAGCUCUGACAUUGCUGACUGGAAUCGGUUGUGUGGGGGAGAGGGGUAAGAGGACAUGUUGACAACACUCCAGUAAAAAGUCUUUUGGCACCCUGUGUGUCCUAAAUACCAGCCCCCACCCCUUCUCUAAACAGUACAGGCUCCUCUGAGGGAGGGGGCGGGGGAUGUGCUGUUACGGGAUGUGAAUGAUGCCACAGUUUGAUAUCUGACAACAGCAGUUGUGUUUGUGGUAUCUCUGCGUUUGGCCACGGCUCAACAUGGAAUAUUUGAGUGAAUAAUCUGCAGACUUCCUUUUGUGUUUUCCUUUUUACUUGAUAAACGCAAGGACACAAACCGAGGAGCCGGGGGCUGGGAUGGAGAUGGUGAAACAUCAGCAGUGAGUUUGCCUUGAGUUUUCCUGGCAAGAUCCAGUAUUAUCAUGGCAAGCAUCAUCCUGCCUCUCCUCUGAGGGUAUGUGACAAGACAGCUGGACAGGAGACCUUCCUCGGCACUUGUUUCUGUUUCUGUUACUUUGCUCCAAAGUAAAAUAUAAGUCGUCACCCCCCUCCCCCCCAAUACACCCACCACUGCCCUGGGUGACCCACCCCCAGCUUGGGGCUGUGAACUGUCAUGGCGGAACACAGUGAGCUCCUGGCAGAGCUGCCACUGGUCGGGAGAAUGACCACGCAGGAACGGCUCAAACACGCUCACAAACGGCGUGCCCAGCAGCUGAAGAAGUGGGCGCAGUUUGAGAAGGACAUGCAAAGCAAAAAAGUGAAACAUGACAAAAGGAGGAGCAACAAGGGUCUGAAGAGGAUCCGGUUUCCUGACAACGUCCGCCUGCUGGAGGCAGCUUCUCGGAAUGAUGUUGAGGAAGUUCGACAGUUAUUGGAGAGUGGAAUGGCCCCAGACUUGUACAAUGAAGAUGGUUUAACUGCACUGCAUCAGUGCUGUAUCGAUGACUAUGAAGAAAUUGUCAAGUUGCUGCUUGAGGCGAAAGCUGAUGUGAAUGCGUGUGACAGUGAGCUGUGGACCCCACUGCAUGCAGCUGCCACCUGUGGACACUUACACCUGGUGCAAGAACUCAUCCAACACGGUGCCAAUCUCAUGGCUGUCAAUGCUGAUGGGAACAUGCCUUACGACUUGUGUGAGGACGAUGUCACUCUGGACUACAUUGAGAGUGCAAUGGCCCAACAAGAUAUCACUCAGGAAAAAAUUGAUGAAUCCAGAAUGGCAACCGAGAGAUGGAUGAUUGAGGACGUACAGCAGCUAUUGGAGAGCGAGAGUGAUCUGAAUAGCCAAAAUGAUGUGGGCACUUCUCUGCUCCACAUUGCUGCAGCCAAUGGAUACGCAGACGUUGCCGAGUUGCUGCUGGCUCACAAAGCCAGAGUUAACCUGAAGGACGCUGAUGGCUGGGAACCACUACACGCCGCAGCCUGUUGGGGACAGGUUGAUAUGGUGGAGCUGUUGCUGGCUCAUGGUGCCAGUCUGAAUGCCCGAUCGUUUCUGGAUGAGACUCCAAUAGAUGUGUGUGGGGAUGAGGAGCUCCGUAGUAAGAUGCUGGAACUGAAACACAAACAUGACGCCAUCAUGAAGGCCCACGACAAGCACAAGACGGCCUUACAGCGACGGACAUCCAGUGCAGGCAGCCGGGGGAAGGUUGUCCGUAAAGUCAGUGUGACAGAGCGGAACAAUAUGUACCGGAAAGAACAUAAGGAGGAGGCCAUUGUCUGGCAGCAGGUGGGCAGCAAGGAGAGUGACCCCGAACUCCAGGACGAAGAGGAUGAGGAUGCACAGACCGACUCCGAGCUAAAGCAGCACGGAUUGAACGCCACUGCCCGGGUGAUGAAAGGUGAUGAGGGUCCGAGUGAGGCGAGUUGGGCCAGUGGUGAGCUGACUCUGAGGAACGGCUCUGCCCUUCUGGCCACUGCUGUGGAACAGGACACCAAGGGGCUGGCCAGCAGAGAGGAGCCACCAUCCGACCUGAGCAGGGAGAAAGCUCACCACACGCUGGCCGACCUGAAGAGGCAGCGGGCAGCCGCUAAGCUCCACAAGCAGCUUGUUCCUGAGGAGCAGCCGGUGAGAGAAUCGGCUGAGAGUGUCGUGUCUCAGCCUCCAAACCAGAGCCCCCCCGAACAGAACUCCAUCUACUUCACUGCAGCGAGCGGGGACCCCCCGCUGGUCAAAUUCAAGGCUCCCGUGGAAGAGGCUCCAAGCGAGAAGUCUGGGCGAUGCUGUAAGAUGAUGUAAAGCUGCGAGAGUCUGCGGUGGGACAGAGAGCCCCAGCAGGACAGCCUGGGAUCCGAUAAGGAUCUGAAUGUCCACACCUUGGGAGCCUGGUCUCUGAGCUCUGUCUGCUGCUUUAACCUGGACAUUUCUGCUCUACAAAUACUUUACUGUUUGGGCUGGAUGGGGGUGGGGGAAGGGGAAGAAAGGCUUUGUUUCUAUAAAAACACACCGUUCCCCCAUUCCCUGCUCAGCACCAGCUGCUCUUGACUGCCAGAAACAUUAUGGAAUACCUGCAAAAGGGUCCAGGGAUCAGAGGUGUUUGUGCCUGUGGUACUCUGGAGCAUUCGGGACGCAGGCAGCUCUCCAACUGCUUUAUACCGACCAAGCAGCUGCUAGUGGAGGGGGGGGGGUCUGCUUCAUUGAUCUGCCUGCCUCUGGAGUACAGACCGCACAGCCCCCUCCAUGCUGUUGCUGUGGUCAGUCUACCCCAGUCAGCACAUGUACCUGAGGCACUGUUCCCUCACUCGCCGGAGUUACCCACUCCCCAUACUACAUUCCAGAAAGAGACUUCACCAGCAGCAGGCUGGCCCUGUCGACUCAGAUGUCCUUUUACUGACGGGACUCCAGCUGGUUGGCUAUCCAAAUACAAAGCUUUGUGUGUAUGGGUCUCGGCUUCAUCAGACAGACAGUCUCACAGAGAGGCUGUAGAUGGCCUGGUUAGAGAAUCUUCAACAAUUGCCCUUUUUAGGAGCACCUGGUUAUGCAGAGUACAGUCUCCAGGAGUUUGCCCCCCUGUACGUAACCUGCACUGGGAGUGUAGAGAAAACAUUACUCUGUGUCUAACUCCAUGUUGUUCCUGCCCUGGGAGUGUUUGAUGGGGGACAGUGUAGAGGGAGCUUUACUCUGUAUCUAACCCCAUGCUGACCCUGUCCUGGGAGGGUUUGAUGGGGGACAGUUUAAGAAUAAAACAAUACAGCACAGGAACAUGCCCUUCGGCCCAUCAAGCCUGCGCUGACACAUUUUGCCCUUCCAUACUAAAACUGUCUUCCAUUACAGGAUCCAUAUCCCUCUAUUCCCUUCCUAUUCAUGUAUUUGUCCAGGUUCUUAUUGAAUGCUGCUAUUGUGUCUGCUUCCGCCCCCUCCUCUGGCAUCGUGUUCCACGCACUCACCAUCUUUUGAGUGAAAAAUCUGCCUCACACAUCUGUUGUAAACUGUCCCCACCUCCCCCCCCCCCCCCCCCCCCCGCCCCCCAAAAACCUUGCACCUUGAGAUUUUGUCCCUCAGUAAGUGUAAAGGAAGCUGUACUCUGUAUCUAACCUUGUCUUGGGAGUGUUUGAUGGGGGACAGUGUAGAGGAAGCUUUACUCUGUAUCUAACCCCGUGCUGUCCCUGUCCUGGGGAGUGUUUGAUGGGGGACAGUGUAGAGGGAGCUUUACUCUGUAUCUAACCCAGUGCUGUUCCUGUCCUGGGGAGUGUUUGAUGGGGGACAGUGUAGAGGGAGCUUUACCCUGUAUCUAACCCUGUGUAUGAUGAGGAACAGUACCCAAUGGAGUAUUCCAGGUCCCAUCCCUGACCUCAACCACCUGAGAAGCACAAAUGACUUUUCUUAAUUAUUUUCAAAAAAAGUAAUGUUAAUAAAUGUAAUAUAUUCUGAUACAAA